GAAUGAUGCUUCAGCUACAGAGGUAUAACUUCACCAUCACUCACAGACCAGGCAAAGACAUUCCUGUCGCAGACACUCUCUCCAGAAAGUCAUUGCCUGACCAGGACACCAGCCUCAGUUAAGCCCUAAUUCAGGGAUGCGGAGGACGUCGGGAGCAUGCCUGGACCGGAACCUUCAUCUCGGUGAGUCCCUUCGCAGCAAACACAGGCGAGUGGACGACGAUGCCGAUGAUGAUGCUGAUGCUGAUGCUGAUUGCUUAUGCGGGCUGAGAUGUGGGACUCGGGCGAGUUGAAGAUGCUGAGGGACGCGCUGUAGGGAAGCUGCUUCCACACCUUCUGUUUUACAACGUUCACCCACGCUGACCUGGACCAUGAGCAAUGAUUCGCCUUCUCUGACAAGUCUGACGGAGAACUCCACUGAUGUACCUGUGUCGGCAGGCCGGGUGGAGAAUUAUGUGUUGCUCCUGGUGCUGCUGAGUGUUUUCGCUGGGGGGACGCUGGUCCUCCUCUCUCUGCUGCUGCUCUUCUGUCACCGCUGCUGCAUGGGUGGGCGUCGCUACUCCAGAGCGAGCGAUGACCCUGAGAAGACCAACACAACUUAUGUUGAAGACUGUCAGCCCACCCAUGAGAUUACAAUCCGCCUGGAUGAAUCCGACGCCCUCUCGGCUACGAGCUGCCACGACAUGGAGUCAGAGAGGUUUGUUUCCACCGGAUUGACAGGCCGCAGAGUCUCCUUCAAUGAGUCUGCUCUGUACGAACAGGAGAGGAUGGCUCAGGAAAAAGGACGCAGAUACACCCUGACCGAGGGGGAUUUUCACCAUCUGAAAAAGGCUCGGCUGACCCACCUCCACCUGCCGCCAGCUCCAUGUGACCUCAAGAUCCUCACCAUCAUGGAGUGCGACUCCACUGAGAGCAGCACUGCUAACCUCAGCGAGGCACCAGUGCCCAAACUACCCCUCUCAAUCUACCAGCCGACUGACAGAAGAGUGCCUGACUGGUUGGAUCAGAGCCUUAGUGGAGGUCUUCCAGGAGACACACAUCACUCCAUCGUCCUGAACCAGAUUCCUAGACAGGAUUUGGUCUUGCGAAGCAAACGCUCCCUCACUUUGGAGGUUCUUGGGGAUCGACUAGAUGCUCACAGUGACCACACGAUAGGGGAGUACACUCAAGCACCGAGGCAGUCUUCAGUUCUUCAGUUCUUCUCGAAACUGCGGCGCCACGCCAGUCUGGAGGGAGCUGGGCCCUAUUUUAGGAGGUGGAAGUUUGACAGCAGCCACCGAGCCGCCAGUCUGGAUGCCAAAGGAUCCCCAAAGAGAAGGCCUUUCCAGAGGCAGAGAGCUGCAAGUGAAACCACUGACCACACUGGGGAUGACUCUUCUCUCCGAGAUGAUCCAAUCAGGUCUUUUCCGCAAACUCCCAGUCAGACUAGUGGCUUGCAGUCCCUGUCUGCAGAGUCCCUCUCUCAAUCUUCCUUGGGUCCUUCCUCAAUCUUCCUCCACAGGCUUAACCUGGAGGUAGGGAGUGUCACCAGCAGGAAAGAAGAACUCGAUGAAUGUUCCAUCCAGAGACAAGAGAGCAUCUCAGGUGACGCACCAAGAGUGCAGACAAAGUUACAACAAGAUACCGUCAGAAGGAUAGACACUGGAGGGGUUGCGUCUGAAACUUUAGAGGACGAUGACUUGUUUGAGCCACAACCGGAAGACUCAACCAGGAAAAAUCUUGAAGGUGCAGUGAGGCAAAACUGUGAGGUGGACCAAGAUGAAGGUGAAGACAGCGUGUUGGAAGCUGAGAUCAGACCAAGGGCGGGUUCAGGUUCUUCUCUUUUGUGCAUGGAGGCACAUCCAUCUCUCUACAAAGACAUCUGGAGCUUGAGAGCCUCUCUGGAGCAUUACGCCUCCUCGGACCAGAGCAGCACAGACCGGGAAUCCAUCCGAAGUGAUGCUGAAAGUGUUUCAUCACUGGGCUGUCCAGGUGCUCGCACUGGACAUCUAGACAGCUGCUUGUCUCAAGACCUGGACGAUGAACCUGAAGCAGAAGGAGAGGCGAUGGAAGGAGGUGUCAGAGGGGCGUCAGGCGGGGGAAGUGAAAUGGGAAGCUUUGUCGACGGAGAAGCUGACGUGGGAAACCGCAAGCUCCUUCAGAUGGAUAGCGGCUAUGCCUCCAUUGAAACUCCAUUCAAGGCACCAGAGGAUAUGCGGCUUUUCGGGACUCCUGCAGCCCCGCGUGGGAAGACGGCGUCAGAGAGGAGGUUAUUCUUCACAAGCUCAGGGAGGAAAGGUACUGUGUGCGAAAGCACAGAGAUCAGGUUGUUCCAGGAAGAGAUGGAGGACGACUUACCAAAAAGCACAGAGGGUAGCCUCCAAGAACAAUAUCCACUCACCAAACCACAAUCUCAGCUGAUCAAGCCAAUCUCUCAGCCCUCCAGUCCUCACCGACCUCGUCUCCACCGCCGCGACUACAGUAUAGACGAAAAGACAGACGCUCUUUUCAACGAGUUCCUUCGACACGACCCGCGGUUCGACCAGCAAGACUCACUGUUUCGGACCAGGCAUCGAUCGAGAGUGAAUCUCCGUAAGCAGUGGCAAAGACACAAACAAUAUAGCGACCCCGGCUCGGGGACUGGGGGGCGGUACUCGCCAUCUUUAGAGAGGCAGACGUUCACUCCACUUCCAAGAGGCGAUAGUGCAAGUUACCCUCUGGACACCAGGUAUCACAGCACACUGUCACGCAUCGCCAGUGCAGCGGAUGAAGAAGCCAGUGAGAUUGCGGCCGGCGAAGAGACGGCCAAAGAGAGCACAGCAUCCAGCGAUGGAGCCAACAUGACCACCCCAGAGCCCACCAGUCUGGGCGACAAGGGUCACCAAACCUCUUCCGACACAAAAAGCACAAGCAGUCCACCUCCAAGCUGCAUGGACCCCAGAGUGGGCAACAGGAACAACAACAGCAGUCAGCAGGUGCGGAGCAGCCUGACGGAUAAGCUGGCGGCGGCGGUACAGGAAAGGCUCUACGGCGGCAUAAGGAGGGCAGAGCUUGGCCAGGGUGGAACCAAGUUGGUGGUCACUGCCUCUCACACAGCCUCACCUGACCACAGUCCUAAAUAACCUCAUCGUAUCCUGUCAUCAACUCUUUCAACAAUCACAUAAUACAAUCUGACGGCCAGCAUUUCCUCUCAGACCUUAACUUCCACUGUGAUGCCCUUUUUAGCUGGUAUUGCACAGGUACCUUAGCGCCUCCAUACUUAGGAAUAUUUUCAAACAUAAAAAUUGUGAAUUUUUCGCAUGCUACUACUACUACUACCCUUGUAAUGUGCAAACAAUAUGUAAAAGAAGACUGUACAGUUUUAAACCUACAAACAAAAAAAGCACUUUGUUGGGAAGUAACAAGCCCACGUUACCCAUUUGUAUCAUGAGCAACCAUAUCCUCCGCAAGUGUCCUUCUUGUUUCAACCUACAUGAAGGCAACAGGGGAUCGUUUUCGAGACCACCAGUGUUCGCAUCCUGCUCUUAUUAUGAAAGGACAACUCGGGCCGGGAGCCGACGAAAAUACAGUGGAUCGUUUUUGUGCACAAUGAAGGGAAUUCAGGUUAAGUGUUGCAUCACCCGAGUGGAUGACAGGUGGGGAAGGUGUCAUGAAGUUCAUAUAAUGUAUUUUGCCAGAAAACCCUCUCCAUUGUGACCAAACCUCAUCCAAACAUUAGGUACACUUACACAAUCCAGUAGUGGAUAACCUGUCGGUCUGAGAGCUGUAUCCAAAAUGCCUUUCCAUAGAUAGCCUUACUUCACAAUGUUUAUUAUAGUGUGUUGCAUCAUACUGAAAUGACCACAUAAUUAUCUUUGUAAAGGCACAUUUCAGUAUGCAGCUCUUGCAUUGGGUCUGAUUACAGUAGAUUUUGCAGGUAUACCUAAUAAAGUGUCUCAUGAGAGUACUUGUCCACUGUUUUCUAUUAAGCCAAGCAACAGUAAAUUGUGUUGCUGCGAGAUAAAUAUGGAAAUAGUGUUGUACAGAUACCAAUAUUUUGGUACCGGUACUAUAAUUAUUUUGGUACUUUUCUAAAAAAAGGGUACCACAAAAAAAUUGCAUUAUUGGCUUUACUUUAACAAAAAAUCUUAGGGUACAUCAAAUACAUGUUUCUUAUUGCAGUUAAGGCCUUAAAUAAAAUAGUGAACAUACUAGACAACUUGUCUUUUAAUAGUGAGUAAACAAACAAAUGCUUCUAAUUAGUCUGCUGAUGUAUGCAGUAACAUAUUGUGUCAUUUAUCAUUCUAUUAUUUUGUCUACAUUAUUAAAGACAAGUGGUAGAAAAUGAAUUAUUAAUCUACUUGUUCAUUUACAGUUAAUAUCUGCUUACUUUCUCUUUUAACAUGUUCUAUCUACACUUCUGUUAAAAUGUAAUAAUCACUUAUUCUUCUCUUCUUUGAUACUUUACUUUAGUUUUGGAUGAUACCACAAAUGUGGGUAUCAAUCCGAUACCAAGUAGUUACAGGAUCAUACAUUGGUCAUAUUCAAAGUCCUCAUGUAACCAGGGACAUAUUUACUGAGUUUAUUAACAUAAUAUACAUUUAAAAAAAAGAUUUGUGAUGUUAAAAAAUAUUGAUGUAAUCAUAGUAGUAUCGACUGGAUACACUAUUGUACGUGGUAUCAUUACAAUGGAUGUUAGGUGUAGAUCCACCGAUGGCGUUUGUUCAUAUUGUAGCGUUCCGGAAAAGUUGGUGCUGAAGGGAAUUCUGGGAAUUUGUUCUGUAGUGUUUAUGUUGUGUUGGGGUGCAAAUAUUCUUCCAAAAUGUGUUUGCCGUUGUUGUUUAGUGUGGUUUCACUAUAUGGCACAUAUUUAUGACAGUGUUGGCAUUGUUCAUACUGACACCCUUAGUGUGACAUGUAUGGCUGAGUAUGUAUGCCCUUCAUUCACUCAUGUGCAGUAUGUUCAAAAUCAAGUUGAUUGUGUCAUUAGGUUAAUAUCGGGCACAAAUAAACCCUGGUUAGGCUUUGUCAAUUAUAGACUAUAUGCAGCUGAGAUAGGCUCCAGCACCCCCUGCAACCCCGAAAGGGAUAAGCGGUAGAAAAUGGAUAGAUGUAAGAUUGAUUUUUCAAAAAUUAUUUUAAAGAUUGUAAAUUGCCAUCAAUCCCAUGCGGGUGCUCGGGCCCCGAAGCACCCACGGGAUCGGUGCCUAUGUAAUGUGUGUUUAAGAGGAAGGCAACGUGUUGGCUGAGCGACGUCAGUGAGUGAAUGGGCGAGCAAAGAGAGAGAGGGGUAGCGCUUGCACUGCGCAGUAGAAGGAUGAACGUGUACGGUUGUGACCUGCAAAACUAAUAAUAAAACAACCAGAUUGUCACAA